AUGUCCCUCCGACUCACCCCUGGUGUCAAAUUCAUCUUGGCUGCGCUCCCGAAGUUAACGCUGCCUGGAGCCAUUGUUUAUCUUGUGGCUCAUCACCUCAGCUAUGCUCGCUGGGUUUGUGUUCUUGGAUCAAUGGCAGCAUGGCCGUUGUUGUCCUUAGUUCACGCCCAACUACGCCAUAUGGCAGAGGAAAGGGAAAUUCGUGCACUUGGUGCCGUCCGAGUGCCAGAAGUGAAAGGCAAAUGGCCUUGGAACCUCGAUCUCGUUGUGGGUCGUUUGAAGCAGGGCAAAGACGGCUACCCGUUCGAUGCUGUAGAAGUCAUGACUCGGCAGUAUGGUGAGACGUUCAACAUGUGCAUUUUCGGCGAGAAUCGCGUAGUCACCCAGAAUCCCACGCACAUACAAAAGAUGUAUGCUACUGAUUUCGAGGGUUGGGAGAAGGGUGACAGAUUCAGAUGGCAGUUCGCCUCUCUGGGUCUGGGUGUUUUUGUCUCUGAUGGGAGUAUGUGGAGAUUCCAUCGCCAGAUGAUGCGGCCAUUCUUCAGCCGGGAUCGAAUCACCGAUUUGGACAACUUCUCAAGACAUUGCGAGAAUGCACUAGACGUUCUGAGGGCUUCCGACGGCGUGCCCAUUGAUUUCCAAGAUGUAGCUUUCCGCUUCACCCUUGACGCAGCUGCAGAAUUUCUAUGUGGUGUCAGAAUCAACUCCCUCCAUGGCGAUGAAAAUUCACAAACAUUUGGACCCGCCAUGUCUUCUCUCCAGCAUCAACUGGCACAGAGGAGUAGGAUGGCGCCACUAUGGCCAUUUUUCGAAAUCAAACGGGACAAAACUCGAGUAUAUCUCGACGCAAUCCAGAACUUUUUCCGACCCAUCAUUCAAGCGGCUCUGGAAAAGAAAGUUGCUAAUGAUGGAAAUGCUGCGCCGAGCGAUACUCUGCUCGACGAACUGCUGGAAAAGACUUCAGAUCCUCAGCUCAUUCUUGAUCAAACGAUGAACGUCCUGUUUGCUGGUCGCGACACGACUGCGGCUACAAUUACCUUUUUAACAUACUGCUUAGCUACACAUCCACCCGUACUGGCGCGGGUGAGGGCUGAGAUUGCAGCCCAAUUAGGUGACCUCCGUAGCCCAACCUUCGAGGACAUCAAGGAAUUAAAGCUGCUUCGCGCCACAAUAAAUGAAACUUUGCGUCUGUUCCCCCCAGUUCCCGGAAAUGUAAGAUCGGCUAUCCGGUCAACUACCCUGCCGUCAAAUAUUCAGGGCGGCAAGCCCUAUUAUAUACCCGCAGGAACCAAGGUUCCCUUUUCGACUAUGACAAUGCAUAAGAGCAAGAAAUUUUGGGGGGAUGACGCCGACAAUUGGGACCCCGACCGCUUUCUCGAUGAGCGAAAUCAGCGAGUGGUAUCGAAUCCGUUCAUUUUUCUUCCGUUUAGUGCUGGUCCUCGCAUUUGCCUUGGUCAACAGUUCGCAUACCAAGAAAUCUCCUUCUUCAUAGUCAGACUUCUGCAAACCUUUCAAUCUAUUGAGCUGGCACCCGAAGCUCAGCCAGAAGAUUCCCGUCCACCAGCAGCCUGGGCGAACGGACCAGGAAGGAAGAAGUUGGAGAAAAUCAAGCCAAAAUCUGAUUUGACCAUGAGUGUAGCGGGCGGAUUGUGGCUGACGGUGAAGACCUGA